ACGUCAGGGCGCUCUGGGCAUGGGCAGGUGGAGGGAGCAGGCAAAGUUUGGCCGGCGGUAGCGGCGGGCGGCGGCGGAGGCGGCCGGGUCGCGGGUGCCGCUGCCGGCGGGGGCUCGGCUGGGGGUCGGGGCAGCCGGGCCGCUCGGGGCAGCGCAGCGCCUCUCCGUUCCCUCGCUUCCCUGCGUGGCGCUCCCCCUCGCGGCGCGGAGGGCGGGCGGGCGCGGCGCGGUGCGGCGCGGCCAUGGCCGAGGACCCCAGCGCGCUGCCCUGGUCCAUCAACAAGGAUGACUACGAGCUGCAGGAGGUCAUCGGGAGUGGAGCAACUGCAGUGGUGCAGGCAGCCUUCUGCACUCCAAAGAAGGAGAAGGUGGCAAUUAAACGGAUCAAUCUUGAGAAGUGUCAGACAAGCAUGGAUGAACUCCUGAAAGAAAUUCAAGCCAUGAGUCAGUGCCAUCACCCCAACAUUGUAUCUUACUACACAUCGUUCGUGGUGAAAGAUGAGCUUUGGCUGGUGAUGAAGUUACUUAGUGGAGGCUCUGUUUUGGAUAUUAUAAAGCACAUUGUGGCCAAAGGAGAACACAAGACUGGUGUCCUGGAUGAAGCCUGUAUAGCCACAAUCCUUAAGGAGGUGCUGGAGGGGCUGGACUACCUGCAUAAAAACGGACAAAUCCACAGGGAUGUGAAAGCAGGAAAUAUUCUUCUUGGAGAAGAUGGCUCAGUGCAAAUUGCAGACUUUGGUGUUAGCGCGUUUCUGGCCACUGGUGGCGACAUUACCAGAAAUAAAGUCAGGAAAACUUUUGUGGGCACACCUUGCUGGAUGGCACCAGAAGUUAUGGAACAGGUCAGAGGAUACGAUUUCAAGGCAGACAUCUGGAGCUUUGGGAUCACUGCUAUUGAACUGGCUACAGGGGCAGCUCCUUACCAUAAAUACCCGCCCAUGAAGGUUUUAAUGCUGACACUACAAAAUGAUCCUCCAUCUUUGGAAACUGGUGUGCAAGAUAAGGAGAUGCUGAAGAAGUAUGGGAAAUCAUUUAGGAAGAUGAUUUCAUCGUGCCUACAAAAAGACCCUGAAAAAAGACCGACAGCAGCAGAACUCUUAAGACACAAAUUUUUCACGAAAGCAAAGAAUAAAGAGUUUUUACAAGAGAAGAUGUUGCAGAGAGCACCAACAAUCACCGAAAGAUCCAAAAAGGUCCGGAGAGUUCCAGGUUCCAGCGGACGUCUUCAUAAGACUGAAGAUGGUGGCUGGGAAUGGAGUGAUGAUGAACUAGAUGAAGAAAGUGAGGAAGGCAGAGCAGCAAUUUCACAGCUCAGGUCUCCCAGAGUGAAAGAACCUGUACAGAAUUCUGAGCUAUUCCCAUCAGCUGAGCCUCCAGGUCCUUCACUCAAUGCUCCAGCACAGGCACCUAGUCAACUACCUCAGGCUGCAGGACAAGUACCUGCACAACCUCAAACUGCUGUACCUCCACCUAGUCAGGCUCCUCCAGCAGCCCCAGCAGCAGCCCAGGCCCCACCUGCCCCUGCUGCAGCUCCGGUACAGGAAGAUACGAAAGUCCCUAUCAGCCUUGUACUAAGGUUAAGGAAUUCAAAAAAAGAGCUCAAUGAUAUUCGAUUUGAAUUUACCCCGGGGAGAGAUACUGCUGAUGGUGUGUCUCAAGAACUCAUUUCAGCAGGUCUUGUUGAUGGCAGAGAUCUGGUAAUAGUUGCAGCUAAUUUGCAGAAAAUUGUGGAAGAGCCCCAAGCAAACAGAUCCGUCACUUUCAAACUGGCAUCUGGUGUGGAAGGCUCAGAUAUUCCUGAUGAUGGCAAACUUAUAGGAUUUGCACAGCUCAGCAUCAGCUAAACAAUGGUCCCAGGAGAUGUUUCCCAACUGAGAACCCACAUGUGCAUAUUCGUAAUGCUUCUGUUAGCCUAAAAAAAACCACUACUGCCAAAGAAUUGAACUACAGCCCCCUUCCUAGAAGCUUUAACAUUUUCCUUAAUAGGAUCACAAACCUUCCUGAAAUUACCGAUGGCGUUUACACCUUUUGUAAACAACUCUCAUGUUUUUGUAUCUGUCAUCUCAAACAUGCAGUUCCAACAUGUCAUUGCCUGCAUGUUCAUUUUAUUAUUGCCUUACUUUAAAGAAAAAUACUACUGAGUACGAAGCAGGGGGUUCCACUGCUCUGAUGAUCUUGCCUAAAUGUUUGCUUACAUGUGGUUUCAUUUUUUUUCACUUGCUAUUUUUGCACAAGUUUUAAUACUGAACGGAUCUUUUUUGUUCUUUACCUGCUUCUCCUAUCUGAAACACCAAUGUACAUGUUGUUUGGGUCACCUGGAGUGCUGAGAAAUCCGCUUCUCUUCCUCUGUGUUUUUCAAAACUGCUGGUUUGAACGCUUGCACCUGAGAAAGCAAGCCAAGUCUUAACCCACGGGAGGGAGAGCUGCCUUCCCUUAUGUUUGUGUUUUUGAGAAAUUCCUUGACUUUGAGGUGUUAGAAGUCAGCUUCCCUUUGUAAACUGCCUUAAUUUUAUUUUAUUUUAUUUUAUUUUUUACCAUUUUGGUUCUCUCCACAUGAGUGCCAGGCGUGGCAUGAGGGCUGAACCUUUUAAUUUACAUUAAGCAGUCCUUCCUCAAAACGUCUUUCAUUUCUGCAUCUUAGAUGUAGUCUGUUCUUGAAGCAGACCAAUGAGGCAUUGCUGUCUGGAAACUGGUCUUUCAGAUGAUCAACAAAAUAUUUGUGGUCAGAGGGAGAGGAGAUCUGUGUCACUGCGUUUGGAAAAGAUGCACUUCGAACUGUUCCUGAAACCCGGUCUGUUAUGCCUGGCUGCGCGAGUCCUCCUCCCGACGUGUUUCCCAGUCCUUUGCAAACUGGUACCCGUGGAACCAUCCCUGUCAUGUUUUACAGCAAUAAAGAAUCGCCAGUAGAGUGGUAGUACUGGGCAAGCGAGCACCGGGCUGUGUCCCUCCUGCACUAAUCGCUUGGGUCGUCAGCCUUCUCAUCGGUCCAAGCCUCGACGUUUGAUCAGGAUGUCACCGAAACCCUGUCACACACGUAUUUAGCUUUUAUUUCUAUGUGGUGUUGAAUUUGAGGUUCUACAUGAAUAAUAUAAAUUAUACUCUGCGUUUGAUAAGAGACACUUGUAAUGCAAUAUGUGAAUAAUAAAUGGUGUUGAUUUUUUUUUUUCCCUACUGUUUCACAGUUGGCCUUUGUAACUGCUAUUGGCUCUGGAGUGUUUUCUACACAGAAAUUGUAAGCCUGUAAUUUAACACACAGAUGGAAACGUGUUUGGUUUCCAUCAGCCACAAACAAUGCAGAAACAGAGUGUUAAAGCAGAAUGACUGGGUUCAAUUAGGACUUUUUUUUUAUUUCCAAGUCUUCAGAUGAACAAUCUGUAUUUAUAUAUUGUUCUCUAUGAGCAGCUGUGGAAGCUUCCUGAAUUGUGCAUGUUCUUUUUAUACCGCCCUUGUUGCUUUUAGCCUAUAGGUGGAUAUUGGGUAUGUCCCCAUGGGCUAUUUGCAGCCCCAUGGCUGGUGAGUGUGAAGGGGAGGGAGAGGAGAAAGAGGGUUUUGGAGCAAGAGCAUCCCAGGGUGCUGAGCAGAAGCUCUCAAGAGCCCAGGAAGUGGGUGCUGGAUACCGGGGAGUUGGUGGUGGCUGGGUUUGGCCAAGUGCGUGCAUACACGUGUGUGUGACACCUCUGGUACUUUCUCCUGUUGUCUGACACAAAGCACUCCCUGCGGUGUCCCCCAUCAAGCUUCUUGGCUUGGGAAGAGCAGGCUGGCAUCUCGAUUUUCAGGUCACCCUAUGGUCGGUAUGGAUGUCUUGGAAACCCUUAGGAUACAGAGACAAAGUAGUCUUGGUACAGUAUUAUUUUCCCUUCUGCCCGCAUGCCAUGGGGACCUCCUUGUUCAUUUGUGUACUGGUGCUGAGAAGGGUAGGACUUGAACUGCUCAAAUGGAACAAUGCAGCAUCUAUUUAUUAAGUUAUUCCCCACCUUCCCAAAGCCAGGACUUAGAGAGCUUGAGCUCAAACUAACCCAAGGCUCUGUAGUUCUUUAAUGGAGAAAAUAAGUAAGGAAGAAACUGAUGUUUUUUGUUCUAUAGAGCUCCAGAUGUUUUGGGUAGGGAUCCAAAAUAUUUACCUGGGCUAUUACAGUUCUAGACAACUGUCUUUUCUGAUGUUGUUCAGUAAGUGCCAAUGCUGUUCAUAAUUGUUUUCCAGUGUCAUUAAGAAUUUGGGUUUUGUGCAAAUUUCUGAUUUGAACCUGGAAGCAGGUAGUAAUUUUUAGUUCCUACUUCUAAGGACAAUGCUCUGUUAAUGAAAACGGAUCCUCUUCACAACUUUGGUGUAUUGUAGAUUAUAAUGAAAGAUGUAAAAUAUUCAGGCUUUUUUCCUUUUUUGGACUUUGUAUUUUACUGCAUGUCUCUAAUUUUUAAUCAAUAAAGAACAAAUUGUCCAUU